AGGGUGUUGUAUAAAAUUACUCAAAAAAUUAAAUUGACGCCUGUAUCCAAAAUCAACCAAGUUGCCAAACCUGUUAUCAAUUCUCUUAUCCUAUCGCUUCAUUCCCUUUCGUCUCUGUCGAGCUCUGCUGUAAUGGCGUCUUCAGCACUCUCCACAGUCACUCUACGCUCCUUCUCUUAUCCACCACGCGCCACCACCACUCCAUCACACUUCUCCCCCAAACAAACCCUAGAAUUCCCCCUCCGAACCCCCAAAUUCAGCCACCGGUCCACAUUCCUCCGCCCGGUCGCCGCCGUAGCCAGCGAUGAGAAGGUUGUCCAGCUAGGCGAUGAAAUCUCAAACCUAACCCUAGCUCAGGCACAAUCACUGGUUGAGUACCUGCAAGACAAGCUCGGAGUCACUGCCGCGUCAUUCGCUCCAGCUGCUGUCGUGGCCGCACCUGGUGGCGCCGGAGCAGAGGCGGCGGAGGCUGUGGAGGAGAAGACGGAGUUUGAUGUUGUUAUUGAUGAUGUUCCGAGUAACGCGAGAAUUGCGACGAUUAAAGCGGUUAGAGGAUUGACAAGCCUUGCGCUUAAAGAGGCUAAAGAGCUUAUUGAAGGUCUCCCCAAGAAGUUUAAGGAAGGAGUGUCCAGAGAUGAAGCUGAAGAUGCGAAGAAACAGCUUGAAGAAGCUGGAGCUAAGGUUUCUAUUGUUUAGAUCACGGAUUUGUGGUAAUCUUUUGUUCUGUUAUACUUUUUCACAAUGUAAUGUGUUAUUAGUUCUUUAGUUUUGUAGCUAAACUUAUCCUGUUACCAAUUUAUGUGCUAUAUAUCUCUGUUAAGUUACUUAUCUGAA